AUGUCGGAGUUGUCAACCCAGAAUCAGCGAAACCAGGGUGCCUCCCAUGCUACAGGAGCUUCGAAAGUUCCUGAAGCUGUCCAGAACAAAGCACCGCGAGGACUUGAGGGGAGCCUCCCGGACUCAGUCCAUCCUACUGGGUCACAGCCUGGUCAGUCGACAAAUAAGUCUCACGCAAAGGGCGGGGGCGAAGCUUCCUUCGUUCCUCAAAAGGUUCAAGAGAAGCUGCCGGAGAGUAUUGAGAGAGCAGUCCCUAACGCCAUCCACGACACAGGCGACAACGGUGGAUUACACAGGAAGCAGUAG